CGUCACAUUUCUGCAUUCUCUGGGCUUGUGUCACAGGAGCCCGGUUUCUGCCUGAACUGGGUCGUUGGCCAGUCUGGAAAAUAAGGCAUAAAAUAACAAUCCCCUUCUUCUUCUUCUUCCUUCUCCUCCUCCUGGUUACCCCCUCGCCAGUGAGACUCAUGCUCCUCCAAGAAGGAAUUUGACCCCGGAUCCCCCCUUUCCUUCCUGCCUCCCCUCCCUCCGUCCCUCCCUCCCUCCUCGGGAUCCAUCCAGGCACCCCCUCCUCCUCCUCCUGCCGCCGAGGCUUGGCUCUCCAGCAAGGCCCCUUCCGUUCCUGGUUCUUUAUCCAGAGUAAUGGAAAAUUCAUCUGUGGCUUCUGCCUCGUCUGAGGCAGGGAGUAACCGCUCACAGGAAAUUGAGGAGCUGGAGCGUUUCAUCGACAGCUACGUUUUGGAGUAUCAGGUCCAAGGCUUGUUAACCGACAAAACGGAAGGGGACGGGGAGAGUGAGAAAGCACAGUCUACUGUCUCACAGUGGACAGCUGACUGCAAUGAGCAGAUAGAGGGUAGCGGUUCCUCCUCUAGAGGCAAGGGCUUAAUGCCUCAUAAUCAAAACCAGGAAGAGUGGGAUCUCAGCAGCAGUGGCAGCUCAGGAUCCCGGCCUAGUGCAGGCUCCAGGGAUGGGUCUGUAUCAAGGUCUGGCGGCCGAGGGAGACACAGCCAGUUCAGGCAUUCAACCAAGAAUGGCAACAAAGACAAUUCCCUCGAUAUGCUGGGCACAGAUAUCUGGGCAGCCAAUACUCUUGAGUCCUUCAGUGGUGCCACCUGGGACUUGCAACCUGAAAAACUUGACUUCACACAGUUCCACAGGAAACUCCGCAACACCCCCAAGCACCCGCUGCCACACAUAGACAGAGAAGGGAUCGGAAAAGGGAAAUGUGAGGACGGGGAUGGAAUCAAUUUGAAUGACAUUGAGAAGGUUCUCCCAGCCUGGCAGGGUUAUCACCCGUUGCCACAUGAAGCCGAAAUUGCACACACCAAAAAAUUGUUCAGGAGGAGGAGGAACGACCGGAGGAGACAAAGGGCUUCCGGGGGAAACAAGUCACAGCAACACACGGAGCAUCAGCAAGGCACCGCCAAACAUAACAGGGAACACCAGAAACCCUCCCAGGGAGGCCAAGCACCACACUCCUCAGGGCGGCCUGGCCACCACGGCUACAGCCAAAACCGGCGAUGGCACCAUAACCAGAAACACUCGCCCAAUGACAAAGAGAUGCACAGAAAUGCCAAAGAGACUGAAAACCUGAAAAUUGAGGAUGCCUCUGUCUGCACAGUGCAUGUCCCCCUCGAGAUGCAUCGUAGCAGCGAAGCCAUGGACAGGCAGUCCUCACAGUACAUUCAGGACCCAGAAAGCAAACAGAAAGACAGCCUCCAUGAACGGAUAAGUGAGAGGCCCAAAAUUAACUUGCUUCAGUCUUCCAAAGACAGACUACGCAGGAGACUAAAAGAUAAGAUGCCUUGUCUUUCCCUUUUCACGGAUCAGGACGAAGUGGCAGUGGAGUCCACCAACCCCCAAAAGAACAAAAUGGACAAAUUAAUUGAAAUUCUCAACAGUAUGCGGAACAACAGCAGCGGGGUGGACUCUAAGCUCACUAACUUCAUGGAGGAGGCCCAGAACUCCACCAACUCCGAGGAGAUGCUCGGGGAGAUUGUCAGAACCAUUUACCAGAAGGCUGUGACGGACCGCAGCUUUGCCUCUACGGCUGCCAAGCUCUGCGACAAGAUGGCGCUCUUCAUGGUGGAAGGCACCAAGUUCCGGAGCCUCCUUCUCAAUAUGCUACAGAAAGACUUCACGGUGCGGGAAGAGCUGCAACAGAGCAACGUGGAGCGCUGGCUCGGCUUCAUCACCUUCCUUUGCGAAGUCUUUGGCACCAUGAGGAGCAGCACUGGGGAGCCCUUCCGCGUCCUUGUCUGCCCCAUUUAUACCUGCCUCAGGGAGUUGUUGCAGUCUCAGGACAUAAAGGAAGAUGCUGUCCUUUGCUGUUCAAUGGAGCUGCAAAGCACCGGCCGACUUCUGGAGGAGCAGCUGCCUGAGAUGAUGACAGAGCUGCUGGCGAUUGCGCGCGACAAGAUGCUGUGCCCCUCAGAGUCCAUGCUGACCCGGUCCCUCCUCCUCGAGGUCAUUGAGCUGCACGCCAACAAUUGGAACCCCCUGACGCCCACCAUCACGCAGUACUACAACAAGACAAUCCAGAAACUGACAGCCUGAGAGGGAGGUGGGAGGUGGGGAUGGUGAGGGAGCCAGGAGGAAGACACGCACUUUAAAAUGAAUUAAAAAGAGAAAAGCAGAGAAAGAGAGGGAAGAAAGGAUGUGGGCAAGGAACAGAGCUACAGCAACCAGAGAAAGGAGCGAGAGACCUUUUGUGGUCAGAUACCUAAGAAGACAAACCCCAGCAUGCUAAAGAAUAUGUUCAGGGGGGCGAAGCAUGUUUCUUUUCAGCUGUGCCCUCAAGUGCCGUCGCCACCUCUCUCCCCCUGCGGUGUUUUGUUUUUAGGGUCCCUUUCAUUAAGCCCAUUGCGCAUUCAGCUCCACAUCCCGCCAGGCCAUUGUUUGGGCUCAAGAAAGAACACGGCAGGCUUGAAUAGCGAGGCGGAGGGCAGGCGCGGAUGGCUUUCACAGCAUUCUCCUGGCUUGCACUGCCCAACUGGCAGGAGGCAGCACACAGCAGAUGUCUUUGAGGGGGACAAAGGCAGACACGUUCCACACCAGACGCUGGUAAUUGACAGCUUUUGUCAGGCAAAGAGACCCCCCCUUUCACCCCUCCCCUUCUUCCACUCCUCUUGUCUUCAAGGUUUUGUCUCCUUGCCUGUCCUCCCCCACCUCUGCUUCCGACCCUGAAACCCCAUUCCAGAUUAGACAUUCAGAAGAGAUACAUUUCUCUGUUUCACUCUCUUUAAAAAAAAAAAUUGCACUGGGUAUUGAUUUUUCUUUGUUGGUUUAUUACUUUAUACACCUAUGUACUGCAUAUAUCUUAUAUACACGUGAAUGGACAAAUUGCUAUCAAGUUUUUAAAAGCAAAGAUAAUGGUAAUGAUGCGAGCUUCCGGAGGGGUGCUCAGGGAGCACAAACCCAAAAGUUACUUUAGGGGUAUUAUAGCCACAAAAUAUCUUCCCAAUGGGUUCAUAUUGACAGCCUGAUCCUAUUCUGAGUUCCAAAUAAAAGGUCAAUUCCACACAUUGCGAUGGCUCUUGGAAACAUCAGUGCUACGCCAGUUUCCUGCAGCGAACGUGUAACAUGUUGACUUGAUACACAAGUGUAAAAAUCUUUAAACACCCACGUACACAUAUCUCAGAACUCUGGCCCAGUCUCGUUUCCUAGACAUGUGUACACAAGCGUGUUUAAAGAUGCACGCACUGUGCACACAGACGUAUGAUGUCCACAUGUUGAGAGUUCAGUGCCCAAACACUGGUGUUUCUCUCUGCCGUUGUAAUGUGUGGAUAUGCCUUAAUUAUACAUAGGAGCAUAGCUUAAAUGGAUUUCAGAGCAGUGUGCCAGUUAGUCUCAGAAAAAGUCAGUCUGCAGCUAAUCUACUGAAGCUGAAGUUUGAGGGGCCAUUUGCUAGCUAGUUGACAACCAGCUCAGACUUUGGGCUGGAAGUGGGGUGGGAGGGUGGUAACAUUUUUGUUGCUUAUGAAUGGCUUUAUAAUUACAGUCAUAUUUGUAUUUGUACAGUUAAAUUGGGCCCAUUGCGUUUGAGCCUAAAAAUAAGAAAGGGAAGGCGGGGAGGGGAAGUUAAGUCUUGCAGUUGUUCUUUAAAAGCCAGUAAAUAGAAGGUUAUGUAUGUAUGUGUGUGUGUGAUAUUUGAAAUUUUGUCAGGGGCAGAGAGAAAGAGAAGGAAGGAAGGAAGGAAGGAAGGAAGGAAGGAAGGAAGGAAGGAAGGAAGGAAGGAAGUGUUGACAAGAAAUAUAUUUCUUGUUUGUGGCUUGUAUCCAAUGAUGGUCAAAGUAGAGCCACUGUCAUUAAUCGUCUUGCAUUGGUUAUGUCCAGUAUUAUUUUUUGUAAAAAAUGAGGUGCCAGUACUCAUACCUUAAUAAAGGUGCCAUGGGUGCUAGCACAAAAUGAUUGCCAUGGGCAGCAAAAACAGAAGUUCCAGAACUCUCUAUUGCUGAGUACCAUCACCUGAAAAGCACUACUUAUGUCUGUUCAUUUCAGUGGGUCUGCUCUGAGUAUAACUUACACUGGAUAUGACCCUCUGUUUAUUUUCCAAUGUUUGUUAUUGUGCUGGGUUGCAGAGCCUUUGAAUUUAAGCUGAAACCUGUCACUGGUUCUUUCUCUCACUUUACAAGGUCAGUUUAUAGUUUACUGAAACCACUCAAAGAGGGUUAUUUCUCAGCAUGAAAUGAAGUGAUUAGAGGCAAAGGCUGUUACAGUGGAGAGCAGGCUGGUGCCUUCCAGAUGUUUGGCCUGCAACUCCCAUCAGCCCCACCCAGCCCAAAACAUCUGGCAGCACGAGGAAAGUUGGUGAAGACCCUAAGACAAGGUUCCUACCAAUUUCCUCACACUACAGUACCUGCUUCAUUUUAAAAGCAGCUCAGUCCGUGUUGGGGGCUGCUCCUUGGCGGAAAUGGCAGUUGGCAUUUCAACCAUGGCAUUGAACCGUGUUGAUCCCAUUCGUUGCAAGGCAGCAUGAGUGCUGGCACAAGUCACAGUGCUCUGUGUUGUUAAUUGCGGAUAAGGCGUAUUGAAUUUAUGGAUCGUUUCUGACAACAAAAAGUCCUGAUGCAAUUUACAAGAAGAAGAAUAAGUAAUAAAAAUAAUAAACAUAUUAAAAACCGUAGUCAGAAUAAACACGUCCUGCCCAAAUGCCUGAGAAAACAAAAACUUGUUGCCGGGCACUGAAAUGAUAAGAAGUUGGCACCAGACAGGCCCCCCUGCUUCCAGUCUGUGGGCCAUUGCUUAGUUUUCCAUAUUUGUUGACAGAUUUUUGUCAAAAUUUGGACAGAUUCAGUCUCAGUAGCUUGUAGCAACUCUAUUGAUAUGCCAUCUGUUCCUGGUGAUUUGUUUCUUCCAAGUAUUUUAAGAGCAGCUUUUACCUCGCAUUCUAGAAUUUCUGGUUCUUCAUCAUACGGUUAGGCAGAAGUGUUACCAAAAAGCUAUACUCUCUUUCUGGGCUAGGCAAACAGGAGACUCUCUUCCCCUGCCAACAGGAAAGGAACAAAGCAACUUUAGAGUGGGAGAAACCUGAAGAGAGGUAUAUGAUGGUGAUAUCAUCAAAAUAUUUGUAGCUAAUAGCUAAGGCUGCAAUCUGAACCCCAUUUAUGUGGGAGGAAGACCCACUGAAUACAGUAGGACUUAUUUUUGAGUAGGCAUGGUUAGGCUUGCACUGUAAAGCUUAGCUGUAGAGGUAGGACACCACAAUUAAUUUAAAUGCUCAUAAACUGCCUUGAGUCAGGUAUGAGUCUAUACAGCAUUCCUCCUGCGUUUCAUUCAGUGCUUUCAAUUUGACCUCUGAAAAAUAUUAAAGGGAGAGCAGGGGGAGGACCUACCUCAGUGCAGACCUAUAUAUUAUUGCCUUUUGAAAGCCCUAAAUUUUCACUUAAUCACUUGCAAUUUUCUUGGAGCAUGAAGAGGCAAAGCAAAAGCUGCAUGACAGUAAUUCGGUUAAAGUGCUUUGCUGCCGCCAGCCAUGAAAGCUUCGGUCAGGGAUGGCCUCUAAUAGAGAUUGCUUUUGAAUAGCAGCCAUGGACCCAGAUAGGCAGGCUUAAUGGAUUUGGCCCCAUUACUUCCUCCUGCAGUCCCGGAGUUCCUCCUGGCCGUUGGUGGGCUGAUCUAUGUGAUCAGCUCAUGAUAGCUGUGUCCCCGUGCCCUUUCGUAACUGCAGUUUAUGGGUAGCAUCUUUUUAAUUUCAUUACUUUCAACCAGUGACUCAAUUAUACAAUCUGAUAUUCUGAUUGUUCCACUCAUCUGUGGAAAUCUAAAUGUUGGUAAAAUUAUAAAAAGCCUCUUCCUAGCCCUUUGCCAUUCAGCGAGUCAUCACAAUACUAUAUUAUUUUUUUGGUGUGUUCUUAAAAAAGGGAGGCUCGUUCAACUCAUAUUUGAUGUGUGUGUGAUUAGUGGCCUCAUAUGGAAAUGCAUUUCCUGAAAAUGGAGCAUACAUUUGCAGAGGCAGUAUAUCUCUGAAUUGCCCGAUGUUGCAGGCAAGCCAACAUGGGAAAGCAUUUCACCUUCAUGUCCUGUUUUGUGAGCUUCUCAGAGGCAAGAUCCUUGUAGUUAUAGACAGGAUGCUUCAGCAGAACAGUGGGCUAAUCCAACAAAGCAAGCUCGUUUGCUUGGGAAUCAUCUGCCAAGUUCAAAAUGCACCAAAUGAGCUCCAUCACCAUCCGCAUCCAGAUGUGCAUCCACUGAACACAUGGAUCUCCCUUAACAGGUCAUGCUGACGCAGUAGAAACUGAUUUUGCAAUUGCUUUUCCUUUUCCAUCCCUUGCUGCCAGCUGCAACCCCCCCCCCCCAAAAAAAGAAAAAGUCAUCAUGGUGCCCCCUUGAACAAUGUGGGAUGGAGUGCAGGGAGUUACUGGGGAAGGAUGGAAUGAACAAAAACCAAGUGAAGGUUUGCCCCUUUUUAAAUUUACUUAUAAAAUUACUUAAAUAGCAAAACGGUUUACAACAAUUGUAUAUAUACACAAUUUUAAAAACAUAAAAAAUUAAAAUUAUACAUCCACUGUUUACACUGACUUGUUGGGGACACAGUGACUGAACUCCACUAAACUGGGAGUUUCUAAUCCCUGUGCUUCUUAUCUAAGAGGCUUCCCUGCUUCUGAACUAUUAUAGAAAAUGAUUUUCUUAAUUGUCUGCAUAAACUUGGCAAUUCUCCCCUCCUCCAGCAGCCCUCCAACCCACACUGUACUGCAUCUCACAUUCUUCAGAAUGGUCCCCUGACCCCAUGGAGAGGCUUUCUGAAGUUCUCUUAACAUUUAAGCCAGAGCAAUUUUGCACAUUAUAAUAACAUUGAUCAGAAACGGUAGAUGAAAAGGAUACUAAAUCUAGAAGGCAGGUCCCAGGCUACUUCUUCAUCAGUGAAGGGUUUGCUCUGCUGAAACUGCUCAGACCUCCUCCUUCAUCUCUUCAAGGAGGUUCUACAGGCUGCUGAUUGUUUUAAGAAGCUUAACACUCCUUCCUUUUUUUUUUUUUUCCUCAUCAAAAUUCCAUCCACCUACCAGGGCUAUGAGAGCCUACUACACACAUUUUUCAUCUAAUGUUUAGCUUGACCCAAGAAUUAUGGCAGAGGGAAUAUAAGAGAAUGAAGAUGGAUGCCUCGCUGCACACAUGUACGCUCUCAGUGCAUUUGAAGCUGCAAUUAAAUUGGAAGUGGCCUUCAGAGAGCUCCAUAGCUGGCAUCCAGAUGAAAGAAGCAAGGAAGGAAAAUACCUGUAGACACUGGACCACAACAAAUGCCCCCUUGGAUGCCUGUGUGGAGGCAUGGAGCAUGUUAGGAGUGGAUUUUUCACAGGGCUGUAGAACAAUUUUUUUCCCCACGGGACACCCUAGGAAGAACAGAUUUGGUGGGAUAUUCUGCAGCAAAGCAGCUAUUGCCUGACCCAGUUUUAAUUUGUUCCAGAGGGGAGCAGUGCAGACACACUUUACCCCAAGGUCAAGAUUGAGAAUUUGUAUGUGCUAAGAGUUUGUUACUCCCAAAGGUUAAGUUUCCUACUUAAUGAAUAUUAGACAUAUUUGGAUAAAGGGCCAGAUGACUUCACAUAUGUUUACGCUGACUUGUUAGAGACACAGUGACUGAACCUCACGAAACUGGGAGUUUCUAAUACUUGUGCUGCUUAUUCAAGAGACUUUCCUUCUUCUGAGCGGAAGGUUUUGAGUUCUUCCAUUAAGGACAGCUGUCGAAUGAACCUAGCAAAAUGCCCGUAAUGAUGAUGGGUAUGGAAACGUGUGGAGGGAGGGCCUGUGCCCUGCAGUGAUCCAGGGAGGGGGGUGCACUGCUAAGGUGCACAGAGAGACCCUGUACUACCCAACUGUACUUUGCUGGCAGGAGUCAAAGAUACCCACUGGGAGGAAUGUUAUUCCCCCUAGGAGUGACGGGCAACCAUUGACUUGUGUGGGAGCAAGUACAUUUGGGGAUAGGAUGAGGGGGUGGCUAAGCCUGGUCCCUGCCCCUGGUGACUCCAGCCCCUUUCUGGAUCCUGUUUCUUGGUCAUGCUUGAGUGUGACAGAAUGUGGCAAGGGGGGGAUAGGUAGGUAGGUAGGUAGGCAGAUAGAUAUAAAAGCACAACGGUGAAGGAGAAAAUUAAAUGAUUGGCUCUGCCCUUUCUAUUCCAGGAAUGGAUUAAUAUUUAAUUGUAUUGUGUGGUGGAGGGGAACAGCUCCUUUCUUUGUUUGUAAACACUUGUAAUGCUAGCCGGCCCUCCUUCAUUCAUUGAAGGUCUUAGACUUAUCUAACAACCCUGCCUUGGGAAUCUCAUACAGAGCUGUUCUUAAGGGAACUGUCUUUUUAUUCUGAAUGCUAAUCUGGAAUGAAGGCCACCCCUUGUUCUGUUCUCAUAAUUGCUGCAAUGUUUCAGAAGAAUUCAAGCACACUUCCAGGAACAGCUAAUGUACACCAACUAAACUUUAGAGUGCUUUUAGCCAUCCUUUUGUUCGACAGAUGGGUUGGUAUGAACAGGUGGAAGGGUUUCCCCCCCCCCUUUCAAAGGUUCUUAUGGAAGGAUUCUCAUGAUCCUGAGCCACUCAUGUUAAUCAUGCCAUUCUAGGGUUCACUGAUCUGGGCUAAUAUGUCUCUGUCUGCUAGAAUCUUUUCAUAUUCAUUUGAAAAGGAGUAGGGGGUGAGAAGUCCAUUUUUAUUUCCUAUGCUAUAAAAAUAGUGGAUCGUACAGACCAAGACUAGCCAACAUCUCUAAUUUUGGGAGCUGUUAUAUUCUCUACAGUCUGGUCCAUGGGCUGGAACAACCCUGCACUCUCGCAAGUGAACAGGCUACUUAGUACAUUUGGAAGCAUCCAGCAAUAAAAGUUUCCCAUGUGCUUGGGUGGUAUGAGGCCAUCAGCUGAGGGCGGGGCUGAGGAACAAGAGGGAAGAUUGGCAGUAGCCCUUUGCCUUUCCAGAAUGAGCUAGCAAUGCAGUAACAUUUAUAUGAAAUCCAAAUAUAGACACUUUGCCUCUUUUCCAUUCCUCCAAAAUGCUGAGCAAAAGUUUUUUACUGCAUCUUUAUUAAAAUCCAGUAGAGUCAACAAAGGCCAGAUGAAUCUGCAGAUCUGCCUCCAAAGCCUACCUAUUGAUAAGGACAAAAAGGUGGCUAAAAGCUUGAUUUGAGUGAUCAUGUGAGCAUCCGCAAAGUUACCCAUUUCCAUUGCAAUCCUUUGCACAAUGGUGUGUAUCCCAAAAAUAAGUAUGCCUUGGAUUGCAGCUUUGGUUCUAAUUCCCCCUGUGGAUAUGUGUCUGGGUUUUAAUUUAUUUAAUGCUAAUUGUUUUCCUAAACUGGCUAAUCAUUAAUACUUUAUCCACCUGGCUGUAUCUAGGGUCUGCAGACUAAGUUAACAUUUAAGCUAUCAAAAUCCUGUGUCCAACCCCCCCCCCCCGAAUGGAGCAGUGAUUUUCUUUAGAACACAGAGUUGUGCUAAUGAUGAUUUUUUUAUUGCAAAAAAUGUAUUUAUUUUGUUUGAAAAACAUUUAAUUUAAUCAUUUAUCAUAUUUGUUUUUUUUAAGUGCUUUUGUUUAAAAAAUAUUAAAAAGGGGAAAAACAUUCUGGAACUGGGUAGACUUAGAUGUUUGUAAUAAGGCGGGCAGGGAGAGUGUGCUCCCAUCAUUUUCAACAUUUAAUAGACUGUUAAGGGAAGGGAGAGGACAAUUCUUUGUGGCAAUUCAGUUUUGUUUAUGGAACAUCCCGAACCGCUGUAUGCUAUAAAAUACAUCAU